CCGCUCAGCUGUUACUGUGGGUCGCCUUCAGUUUCCACAUGGAUCCAUUCACGGAUCUGCGGGCUUGAGCGUUUGGGAAGUCGCCGUGGGAGACUCGCCACUCCACGCGUCGCUCGGAUCCGUCACCUCGUCUGUCAGUUUUGAACAACUUGUUGCGCAGCUGCUAUUCCCAACCUCCUCUGUGGUCCAUUGCUGCUGCUGCUGCACACAGCGGCUGAUCUUACUCAACCCCAAACGGCCGCUGUUUUUCUCUCUCUCCUGUGCUGCAGGUGAAGACGGAUGAAGAAGUGAUUUGAUCUCAGCUCAGGCGACACAGAGAUGAAGCUCGGUAUCGCGGCCUCUUUGAGCGCCUUCACCAUCUGGCGUGGGUUCUUGUGAAGUCUGGGAAGUCCUAGGGUGUGUUUUUUUUUAAGCGUCCCAGCUUUUAAUAUGAUCAGUGAGACGGGGGAUGCGAGUCAUGAGCUGGACCCGUUGUCGCGGACUGGACUGGAGCCACAGCCUCUUCUGUCUGACUUUACUCCUGUGGACCAGAAGCAUGAGUGGACUGGCUGACUUCUCAGACUACCUGUCCAGGAUCAUUACCAGCCACUCUGCCCACGCGUGUGAUGGGCAACCUCUGCGGCUCCACUGUCCACGCCACUCCACCAUCUCCAUCCAGUCUGCCUUCUACGGGAGCAGCGAGAUGCAGCUUUGCGGAGUAGAUCCACACCCUCCACUCAGGGCACACAAUCACAGCUGCUCAGCUUUCACAGCCCUACAGGUGCAUUUUAUAUGUGGGAAGCUUUUGUCGGAGUGUCAGAGCCACAGAGACUGCCAGAUGCCUGUCAAUCACCUGCUAUUUGGGAAGGACCCCUGCCCCGGCACUACCAAAUACCUCCAUGUGGACUACAAGUGUAAACCUACUGAACACAAAAGACAUGUGGUGUGUGAAGGAGAGACCAUGGUCCUGCGCUGUAAGCCCCCCAGGGUGCUGAACAUCUAUGCAGCUGUCUACGGGCGAAGGCUGGGUCACACCGACACCUGCCCCUCACACCUGACAAGACCACCCCCGUUUGAGUGUCUGAACCAUGAGGCCGUACACUUGGUCUCCAAGUCCUGCUACAGCAAACAGAAGUGUGCUGUUCCCGUCAGCAAUCAGACCUUUAGGGACCCAUGCUUUCCAGGAACCAGGAAGUACCUCAGUGUGAUCUAUUCUUGUGUACCGCAGAGUUUACUAAGGGUGGCAGACCCCAACAUAGUAAGCCUCACCUCAUCUCCUAGCGCGGGCACAGAAAAAGAUCUGGAGGAGCCCUUUCCUAAAGGCUCAAGAAGGCCCGACAACUCAGGAGCGAUGAUGAGCAACUCUCUCCUGACAUAUGCUUACAUCAAAGAGCAUCCUGAAAUGGCAGCUCUGCUGUUUACCUCCAGCGUGUGUGUUGGUCUCCUGCUCACCCUGCUGGCUGUAUCUGUUCGAGUGACCUGCAGGGCACGCUGGUUCAGAGAUCACAGACUUGCACCCAAGCCGGGAAGCCCUACUGUUAAAUAUCAGGAAGAUGACGAGGAUGAGGAUGAUGAUGACACAGAUGAAGAAGAAGAUGACCAUGAAGGAACGGGAAGAUCUUUGCUCUCAGCCACAGAAAGGAAGGCGAUAUACGGUUGGGAGGAAGUGACUUAUGUGAGCGAAGCGGCCGAGCGGGCGGAGAGGAUCGAGCGCAGAGAGAUGAUCAUGCAGGAGAUCUGGAUGAACGCCUAUCUGAAUGGCAGCUCGUGUUAAAUAACUCAUGACCUGUGGAUGCUACUCAGCAUCUGGUGUUUUUUUCCAGCAGGUAUACCGAUCACCACCGCAAGAAGCUCCUUUUUUAACAUUGCAGUUUGUUGUGUUUUGCCAUUUUUGUGUACAAUAUGCGAAGAAAAAGUUUUCAAAAGUUUCCAUGAUCAACAAAGUUUUAUGCUGCAAAAAAGA